GAGCUGAGGCAGGAGGAAAGCGAGGAGGAGGGCUGCUGCAGAGGGUCACGUGUUUGCCAGGAUGGCCCCUUGCUGUAGGGCCAAGGGUCGGGAGUGGUGGGGAACCGGGAAAUGCUCCCCAGGUAGGGGAGGCCGCGCUGUUGUGCCCCCACCCGCCCACCACCCCGUUUGCCAGGGCGGCCCGUGAGGCGAUGAGGGAGGACAAAGAUGGCGGCACCUCCCCCCCGCCGCCUCUUUCGGGCCGUGGCGGCCCCGCGCCGGCGGAGCGGCAGAAAGCGGAGGCCCGGGGCGCCCCGGGGAGGUGGGGAACAGGGCGGUGCAGACGGGCCGCCCCGCCCCGCCCCGCCCCGCCGCCGGGCUGCGUCCUCCAGCAGCGGCCUUGCUCCGCCGUCCCGGGCAGACAGAGCGAGCUCUGGGCCAUUAAUAAGGUCCCUGGGACCUACUCCGAGCACGUGGCUCUCCAGGGACAUCACUCGCGAGCACUCUAUUUUGGGCAUGUUCUCAGAGUUGAAGUUCCCUGUGCCCUGGGGCCAUGUGGCAGCCAAGGCCUGGGGACCCUCGGAGGGAUACCCUGUGCUGUGCUUGCAUGGCUGGCUGGACAAUGCCAACACCUUUGACAAGCUCAUUCCACUGCUCCCCAGAGAUCGCUAUUAUGUGGCAAUGGAUUUUUCUGGCCAUGGCUUGUCAUCCCACCGACCUGCAGGCUCCCCCUACCAUUUUCUGGAUUACGUGAGCGAUGUGCGCCGGGUGGCAGCAGCCUUGCAGUGGAGACGGUUCACCCUGAUGGGUCACAGUAUGGGUGGGUGUGUGGCAGGAAUGUUCUGUUUCCUUUAUCCUGAGAUGGUGGACAAGCUGAUCCUACUGGAAAAUCUUGGCUUUCUGCUAGGUCCAGAGGACACUGAGGCGUGGCUGAAAUCAAAACGGAUGGUGAUUGACAGAUUACUGAGUCUAGAGGCGAAGCAGCAAACUCCCAAAGCACGGAGCCCCGAAGCAGCAUUGCAGAGGCUCUUAGAAGCAAACAGACAUCUGACAGCAGAGGGUGGGGCAAUCCUACUGCAGCGAGGAGCAACUGAGACACCCGCUGCAGAGUCGAGAAUCCUUCACAGUAGAACAGUGCGUGAAGCUCCUGCAGAAGAUCCAGGACCGUGUUCUCAUCAUUAUGUGAGUGAGGCACAAGCCAAACCAACCCCCGCUGCCUCCCUGCAGCCCUGGUUGGAGGGAAUGAAGAGCACAAGAUGGACUCUUGGUACCACACAACCUAGACAGCACAAAUCACGUUGUGAAAGCCCUGUGGGAGGCAUUUGAGUCUACCCUCAAACAGCACAUCCAGCUAGUAGAGGUGCCUGGGAGUCAUUUUGUGCACCUGAACGAGCCCGAGGUGGUGUCUGGGAUCAUCGGCAACUUCCUGACUGCACAGAACACCAGAGCGAGGCUCUAGGAAGCCCUCAGUCCAGGAGAACAGGGAGCUAAAAAACAGGCUCUGGAGGAAUUGUCACCAUUCCUACCUCGCAUCCAAGAUCAGUUUCAUGAUGCUCUUUCCUAAGCUUAGCUCGCUGCAGGGUGGAAGCAGGUCUGCCAGGGUUCCCUGGAGGAUUGCUAAGCAAAGCAUCUCAGUUGUCAAAGGGAAAAGGAAUCUUUCCUCCACUUCCAGCUCUGUGAGUAGAAGGAUAGAGGCCCAGAGUGGCCUUUGCUUGCUUGCUCCUAACUCACACCCUGAAAUGGAGCAAGAAUACAGGCAGAGGCAUCCUCUGUGGGAGCAGCAGCACCAGCUGUAGCAUUCCAAGAGACAGGUGGCUCAUCUUGCCUCUUCCCUGAGGAUGGUGCGACCAGUCUCCUCCCAGGAUUAGACCUACUGAAAAACCAGGAAAGUGUUCUGCUUCUCUGCUUACUUCCAUGGGUGCCUGAGCUGAGGGCCUCAGUGUCUCUGUUCUACUGUGAGAGCUGUUGCUUUUUUUAAAAAUCAGCUUAAAGAGCUCACCUGGGCACAGAAGGCCAUUUUAAUGGAACUCCUAGGGAAUGAGUCACUAAUUCUCUAGCUGAAGCAGCUGGCAGAACUGCUAAUAAUGGAGAAGUUGGCAGAGAUGAUUUCUGUCCUUGUAAAUAAAGACUAAUCUCCCAAUGUUA